GUGUGAGUUACUCUUACCAAAACAACCAAGUGGGGGGCCUAAAAGGAAUUGAAAGAGAGGGAAGCUGAGGCGCGUUUGUGAGAUGGCAGCUGCUCGUAACGAGAAGGUUCCAGUGGAGCUGUGUAAGGGCAUCAAUGGCCUCGACAAAGUCGUUCUCCGGGAGGUUCGCGGCAGUUCCGUCGAGGUGUAUCUUUAUGGGUGCCAUGUAACAUCCUGGAAGAAUGAACAUGGAGAAGAGUUGCUCUUUGUCAGUAGCAAGGCCAUUUUCAAGCCUCCAAAAGCAAUUCGUGGAGGUAUCCCUAUAUGCUUUCCUCAGUUCUCAAACCUUGGACCUCUUGAGUCACACGGAUUUGCUAGAAACAGAGUUUGGAGCUUUGACAAUGAUCCUCCUCCAAAUCCACCAAAUUCUAGGUCAUUUGUUGACUUCAUACUAAAGCCCUCUGAGGAGGACAUGAAAAUCUGGCCUCACAGCUUUGAAUUCCGUUUGAGGUUAACCUUGGGACCUGGUGGAGAUCUUAUGCUAACAUCUCGAAUAAGAAACACCAACACUGAUGGAAAGCCAUUCACAUUUACAUUUGCAUAUCACACCUAUUUCUCUGUUUCUGACAUCAGUGAAGUUCGUGUUGAGGGGCUAGAAACACUGGAUUAUCUUGAUAACUUGCAGAAUAAAGAGCGGUUUACUGAACAAGGAGAUGCUAUUACUUUCGAAGGAGAAGUCGAUAAAAUAUACCUUAGCACUCCAACAAAAAUUGCCAUUCUUGAUCAUGAAAAGAAAAGGACAUUUGUGAUUCGCAAGGAUGGACUUCCUGAUGCUGUGGUGUGGAAUCCUUGGGACAAGAAGGCAAAAGCAAUGACUGACUUUGGGGAUGACGAAUACAAGCACAUGUUGUGUGUGGAAGCUGCAGCAGUCGAAAAAGCCAUCACAUUGAAACCUGGUGAAGAAUGGAGAGGAAGGCUGGAACUCUCGGCUGUUCCAUCGAGUUAUUGCAGUGGACAGCUCGAUCCUCAAAAAGUUCUUCAGUGCAGCUGAAAAUCGUUAUGCUGGUUAAUAUUUUGUACAGGGGUUCUGCUGCGAUUUAUGGUGGGAAUACAACUGCAAUCUCUGUUGAAGAUCUUUUAUUUUACAUUUUUCCUGACAUUUUCUCUAAUACUGAAUAGAAAUUGGGUGUGAUAGUGAAGACUGGAAUAUUAUAUGGUGUUGAAAGGACAGUCAUUCUGGGGCCAUGUUAGUUUAAUGAAGAUGCAUGGUCUAGAUGAUUACAGAUUAAUGUGCAUUGUCAUGGUACCUUUUUAGGGCAUAUGAGAACAUAUAUACCCUGGAUGAAGAUGGCUUCUCAUAUGUUGAAGUACAUAAAGCAUGUUCAUAUAUUGCUCAUUACCUUUUAUGGGUUCAUAGUUUGAUUUCUUUAUUUUUACAAGGUCCAGUACACGUAAUCAUUUUAUGUAUUAAGAUCUAUGAAAUGAAUGUCGACUUAAGGA